GAGAAAUGGAUCUCAGGAAAUAGGAAUCAGGAAGGCGGGUUACGUCUUAACAAAAAGUAAUAUGGCACUGGCAGCAUUGCCGACAGCGGCAUCCCGACGCCUAGAAUCCCUACACCUGGUGGAUGCAAUGGCGUCAUCCAUGCAGGGAUUACUUUCUACAGACCAGUCGAAAAGAGGUAGGCGUAAAGGGAGGAACAAGCUGGAUCCUGUCCCAACCUAUGCUGUGACCGAUACUACUGCUGAAGAGGUUAAGACCCCUAUGGAUUUGGCUAAGGCUCAGGAAUUGGCUGCUCUGUCAUCUUCAAAGAAAAAGCAGAAGUUUGUCAACCUGUACACCACAGAGGGACAGGACCGCCUGGCUGUAUUAAUCCCUGGGCGCUAUCCCUGCGAGUGCCUGGCCCAGAAGCAUAAGCUCAUAAACAACUGUAUGACAUGUGGGCGGAUUGUCUGUGAGCAGGAGGGCUCUGGACCAUGUUUCUUUUGCGGCAACCUGGUUUGCACAAAAGAAGAGCAGGAUAUCUUACUGAGAGACUCAAACAAAAGUCAGAAAUUGCGUAAAAAACUUUUGGGAGGUUCUGACUCCUCUUUAAAAAUGGAUGUCUGUGCUAAGGAUCUACUCCCUCGUCAAGAAAUGAAGAUUAAGGAAGGAUUUGAAAAGGCCCUGCAACACCGUGACAAGCUCCUGGAAUAUGACAAGACUAGUGUACGGCGCACUCAUGUAAUUGAUGAUGAGUCUGAUUAUUUUUCAACGGAUUCCAACCAGUGGUUGUCACAGACAGAGCGUGAGGUCCUUCGUAAGAAGGAACAAGAACUGCAAGAGCUGCGUCACACUUCUAGACUCACUCGCAAAGUGACUAUAGACUUUGCUGGACGUAAAGUCGUAGAAGAUGGAGGAGACCUGGUUGAAUAUCACAAGCGGUUUGAAGAAGCUGUGCAAGCCAUUAACUCUGGUACAGUAGUGAAGCCAUUAAAAAAUUCAGGGGAGACUGGGAGCGAUUCCUAUCUUUUGAAUCCCAGCCUGUUAUUGGCUCCACCAAUGUGGGUUGAUCAGGUGAACUCAGGCCCAAACAGACAAAAUGCCCCUGCAUCCACUACAGAACACAAAGAGAGAAACCAGCUUCGAUUACAAGACCGUGAGUUGCAAGAGAUGAGUGACCAGGGCAUGUGUCUAAGCAUGCACCAGCCAUGGGCUUCUCUUCUUGUUGCUGGGAUAAAAAGGGUGGAGGGCAGGACCUGGUACAGUGCUCAUCGAGGGCGGCUUUGGAUAGCAGCUGCUGCUAAAAGGCCUUCCCCACAGGAGAUCUCUGAGCUAGAGGCUACAUACCGAGUGCUACUUCACAAAGGUAUUGCCUUUCCCAAGGAUUACCCAACCAGCUGUCUGCUUGGUUGUGUAGAAGUGGUCGACUGCCUGUCACAGGACCAGUUUGUAGAGCAGUAUCCAUCUCUCAGCCAGGAAUCUGCAUCUCCUUUUGUUUUCAUCUGUAGAAAUGCUCAAGAACUACUUAUAAAAUUCCCAAUCAAAGGACAACACAAGAUCUGGAAACUGGACGCCAAAAUUCACCAAGGAGCCAAGAAAGGAUUAAUGUUUAAGAAGGAGAGAACAUGACACGCUGAAGAAAAUGGCAAGCAAAGUCAACCAGGAACCUGCAGAUAAAGGGAUUACAUCAUUGGGAUUAACAUAAAGAAACAAACUGGAAAAUUGCUUUCCGGGAUUUCUUUUUAUAUUCCUGCGUAAUAAAUUAUGAUUUUGGAAAUGAUUACCAGCAUAAAAUGAAAUAAAACCAACUGCCGUUU